AUGGCUUCCGUUUCUUUUAACUUCAAGACCAUCGCCACCCUCCUCAUUCUUGGAGGGUGCAGUGCCUUUGGUGCAUAUGCUACCAUCGGAACGGGACUUAGGACGGGUCUAUUUGCAGCCCUGCGCAAGGGUGCCGGUCCGAAAGUCGCCGCAGAGAGCAAACGCUACCUGGCCGGUCCCGAGCCCUACAAGACGACCUUUACUGGUCUUCCAUUUAUCGACAAUCAGCUCUGCACCCUGGUUGGGUUCUUCACUGUCCUGCUAGAUGGCCCCAAGACACUGGACGUCUCUUUAGUCUCGUGGUAUUUAUUUACACAGUUACUGGCCGGCUGGAUCCUCGUCUCGCUCGAGGGUCUUCGCCAGGGCAACCAAGGUCGUAUCGUCAGCCGGACGGGCACACUUGGCUUCAUCUUCCAGAUCAUCACGUUCACAGUUGCAGUUCCCAUCUGGCUCAUCAUCCACGUCCUCACUUCCCCCCUCAGCCAGUCGACCCCAUCAGCAAAUGCCUUGGCUAUCGACGUGCAGGAUCUCUACAUCCUGCCCAAGGUCGUCUUUAGCGCCUUCGUCCUUCCCGGCUUCUUGAUGUUUCUACCUUCCCCGGACUAUGUUUCAGCAACCGCCCACUACAACUGGCAGGCUGUCUGGCAGGUGUUCCCCGUCGCCCAGAGCAUUUACCACUGGUUCUAUAAGCGGACCACGGCGCUCAUCGACUUCAAAUCAUCCAAAGCCCCCGAGCAGCUUAACGAAAUCUACCGCUUCGUGCUUAUCUUGUCUUUCGUCCCCCAGACGGCCCUCCUCGUUCUAGCGGCCACACCGGCGCAUCUUGUCCCGCACGCAGUCGAGUCCUUCAUUCCGGGCAUCACCCAGGGCAUCGUCAGUCAGAUUGACAUCACAAAGGCCUUCAUUCCUGACUUGCCAUGGGACUUGCCCAUAGUCCACGGGGCUGAGGGGGUGGACGCCGUCUCUGUCAGUGUGUUGGUGAAGCAGGUCAAGAUGUUCCUUCAGUGGGAUAUCUACUGCGGCGGGCUGGCCCUCCUUACCUGGUCUGCCUUUGUAUAUUCAGCAGCUCUGCCGGGGAAGGCCUUCCUGUCGACCACACUGCCAAAGGCUCUGUGGGCCACGGUGUUUGGCGGUCCCGUCGGUGCUGCUACCCUGCUCCUCUGGGACAGGGACACGGCUGUGAGGGAGCGUUCGACCGUUGCCAAGCCUGUGGUAACCGUCAAAGGUGGCGAGAAGAAGAAGAAGGUUGCUCUCUAAAUUUUGCGUGUAGUAAGGUGCUGGGCUGUCUGCCCCUCUGGCACCUCCUUUGCUCAUGGUGAGGCAUGUUGACACUAUAUCUGGUCACAUCGUCGGCGAACUACACCUGUAUACGUAUGAAGAAAAUCUCCACUAGCUCUUUAAUCCAGUGCACACUAUCGAACUAC